GUUGAAAAUUUGCCACAGUAUUACGCUCAAGGAAAAGUCGUACAAGGAGUCGAAUUUGCUGUUCGAACGCAAUGAAGUCGAAAUGGAAUUUCUGAAUAAAAUACACAUCCAAUCGUGAAUUUAGUUCUUUGCAUUGCCCAGCUCGGGCUAUCGAAUUGUGAAUCGACAGUGGAAGAUAAUUUUUACUCACUGGCAUAAAGGAUCUUUACCCCAGUACACACUUAGCAUGGCAGAAACGUGGUCCUAGCACGUAAUACCAUUUGUAGCCUGGAAAUGGAAUUAGUACUUUUCGAUUCCCAUUUUUGCAUGGCACAGUCGUCUUAAAGCGGAUCUACGAUGUGGCAAAAGAGGAAGCUGAUUUCGGAUUCAAAAUGUACACGUUUUUCUUAGUGCAAUUCAUGAUUUUUGUCAGAGAACUCUUGCAGCAAUGAAGAGACGGGCGUGCUUUGUCCUAGUUUGUGGCUAAUUGUUUCUCGUAUUAGUAUUUGGCUCACUUCUACUUCGCCUUCGUCAAAGGCUCGCAAAGAAACGCACAAGGUAAAAUCACUGCUAACUUUCGCCAAAGGUACGCCUUCAGCAUCCAAGAUGUGAUCGACCACAACGAUGAGGUGCCGUGGGGCGGCGUCCCGGAGACGUUGUUGUCGGAAAAGCUGAACGGGCAGCUGGAGUCAGAGUGGGAGUGGCUUUUUCGCUACCUGGAAGACCUGGAGCCCACCCUGGAAGCCGCGGGGUUUCAGCUCGGUUCCAUCCAGAAAGGCAAGCCGGACACGGAACACGAGGUUUUGGGGCCCCGAAAUCAGCAGUUCGUGGAGAAUAUGCAUUGCAAAAGUAUCGUACUAGUACUAGACUACUACGCCGGCGUCCAGGACGCCGGCGAUAGGCCGUCUAGUAAAUCUAAAUGUAAAGAAGCAGGAAAAUAAAAACUUGGCGACCGAGCGUGGGGGUGAAGGCUAGUCGAAGAAGUCCUGCUAUUGGGAUUCUGCUAGCAGAAACGCGCUCACUAUUCGAAACCCUUCGGGCGGUUUUAGCAUGACAGAACGGGCCCACGCUUGCUAAUGACGCCCUUCACUAGUAGCGGCCCGCAUUAGUGGGCGCGCUCGCUUUCGUUCUAGGUAGGGCAUCUAGGUAGCAAGCUCGCCCCCACCCGGCCGCGGGCCUUGGCCUGGUCCUCCUCUUUUGGGCAAUCUGAUUUCUAGAAAGAACCACCCGCCGGGCCCCCCGGCCUUUCCACCGGCUUCUUCAUUCAUCUGCAGGGGCCUCUAAAAAAUAAAUUCCCAGGAACGAGGCCCCCCCUACUACUCAGCCCCUGUGGGGCGCCCCCUAAUCUAUACGGGCCGGCAAUAGGAGUAAGAAAAGCCGUAUUGUUGUGCUUUUUCCCGCCCGCGAGGAGGGGAUAUAUCCCCAGAGCAGACACAACCCCAGAGCAGAGAUAUCCCCAGAGAGAAUAUAUCCCCAGAGAUGCCCCCAGAGCAGAUAUCUCCCCAGAUAUAGCCCCAGAUAUAUCCCCAGAGAUGUCCCCAGAGAUGUCCCCAGAUAUGCCCCCAGAUAUAUCCCCAGAUAUAUCCCCAGAUAUAUCCCCAGGUGGGUGGGGAUGAUGCAUGAUUUUGAUAGAAUGAGAAUGAUGGAGAUGAGAUGAGAGGAACGAAUGGAAGACGAAGAUAAGAACGACGUUGAUAACGGAGUGGGUAAUUGAUGAUAGAGAUGGAAGAGACGAAGAUGAGAAAGUCCCCAGAGAUAUCCCCAGAUAUAUCCCCAGAUAUAUCCCCAGAUAUAUCCCCAGAUAUAUCCCCAGAUAUAUCCCCAGAUAUGUCCCCAGAUAUGUCCCCAGAUAUAUCCCCCGGGUGUUGCGCUUGUGCCCUUUGGGUGGUGUUUGCCUUAAACUUCGCAAGGGGCACUCCCCUCCUUUUCGUUUUCCCGGAUGUCAUCGCCCCCCCCCUACCCCCCCAAGCGGGGUCGGGGUUUGGGGGUAGCCAGAAUAGGCCUGGUAAAAACCGGCCCGGCGUUUUUUUUUUCGAUUUCCUUGAGCCAUGGGGCCCGCGGUAAAGUCCGCCGGGUUUUGUUUAUUCUGCGACGCGCGCCCCGUAGCCUUUCUUUGGCAUGCAGGCUGCCGGUCUUUGCAACGCCUCCAGCGCGGGCCGCAACUUGCAGCGCAGGCCGCGAGGGCUGUUAACAACCCCUGGGCGGCUGGCGUUGCAAGUUGCAACCUGCGCUGCAGGUUGCCACUUGCCCUCGCAAAUCAUUGCGGCUUGCGUUGCAAAGCAAAAGUUGCAAGUAAAUUGCUUACUUACCCAGCUGCGCUUGCGGCAUUUGUAUUCGCGCCGUCUAGUCAAGCUUCCUAAGGCUAUCCCCUAAGGGAUAGCCUUACGGGAAUCUUCUAAGACGGCGCGCCCCUACUAAUCAUUUUCUAAGAAACGCCCUAUAGACUAUAAGGUCGAAAAAACGGACCAAAAAUUCUCUAUUGUUAUUUUAUAAAUUGCAUCACAAAUUUUUUCGGAAGAAGAAAUGCUGAUUUGCCUAAAAAGGGAUAUUUGUCAUGCAUGAUAGCAACUACUAGCUACGAGUACGAUACUUUUGCACAGGAUAGAGAAGCACGGGGACGGCAAACUGGUGUCAAAACAAGUGGUGCGGUGGGAUUGAUCCACGACCGAGUUCGACUUUAUUGCACCUCGCGACGGUCCGGCUGGGCGUGGAGUACUAGCUUGUUCACAUGGAUGAAACUGGUUGACUCGUCCUCGCCGAACGAAGAAAUAGAAAAAUCACGAUGAAUCUAAGUAAAAAUAUACUUCAUACAACUUCUGCAGCAGGAAAAAUAUUGCUUCCAUCAUCGAAAUUAAUAGUCGAAUUCGAAAACGAUGCUCGUAAAAUCCAAAGAUGAUACUACUUGAGUUUUUCUUUGGUAUCUGUGCCUUUCGCAGAGAAUAAAUCGCAAUUUCAUUUUCAAGAGCAAAUGGAACUCGAAUUGGAAACGUAGAGGUAGAACAAAAUGUAAAUGUCAUGCAGCGUAACGCUAGUGGAAAAUUAAAUAGGUUUCCCUUUCGCCAUCAGUGAAGGCGUCGGAGGUGCUUUUUUGUACGAAAGAAAAAGAUAUGAGCGAAGAAUGUGAAUGAAAGAUGAAAUUAGGAUGUAAGAGGUUGUACUACAAAAAUUUUUCUGUCAAAAGAUGCUAUCUUCAGCAACAGAAAUUGGUUCAGCUGACUUGCUCUGAUGUCUUGUUGCAGUAGCAGUUGAUGCCCCUAGCAUGUCCAUAAUCUCCAUCCUUUUACGCAGUGUAACGAGAAGAAUCGCAAUCUAAUGUAGACGAGCGGGAGCGGUGUGAUACUGAUAUGUGCACACGGCCGCGCAGGCGCACGAACCAAGUUGGAUAGUACACGGAGCGCGAGACUGCAAUGGUGAAGACAAAACACAAACAGAAGAUGAAAAAUGACAACUUGAAGUUGUGGAGGUCGUUUAGUUUUUACGACAUGCUCGUACUGUUUUCAGGAGACAACUUUUGUAAGUUUGAUCAAUGUCUUCCGCU